AUGAAACCAAGUUUAAAUGAAAGAAUUAAAGUUGAAUCUGAUUUUGAUCCAGAUAAAGGUUCAUUCAAACAAUUUCUAUGCUAUCUACCAAAACAAAACAGAGAUAUACUUGUUGAAUUGUUUGAUAUUUGUGCACAGGUAACUGCUGAAUCACACAUAAACAAUAUGCCAGUUGAACGCUUAGUUAAGACAUUGGCCCUUUGUAUUCUGGGUGAUAAAGAUAAACCACUUGAAGGUUUUGAAGGAGCCUAUAACGAGUGGACAAAAUGCUCUCAAGCUUGUCUACACUUAUUCCUGGCUUAUCUUCGUGAGAAAGCUGUCUCUACUGAAUUAAACCCACGUCUCACUAUCUUGAUAGACAAUUAUGUUGAAGAUAGAAAAAAAUCUGUUACAUCCGUGUACUUUAAAGCUUCUAAUACUGAAUCAGAUGAUGCAAGUCAUAAAAUGAAACAAGAGCCAAUCACCCCCUCAAAAAUUUUCCGGACACAAUCCACUACUUCAAUUAAUGAACUAGCAAAAGAACAAGAAGAAAAGGGUUAUGAAGAAAAAUAUGAUGGUGAUCUUUUGCUUGGCUUUAAAUCAGGCGUGACAGAACAAGAUAAAACCUUACUUGGAAAUUCAAGGACCAGAACAACAAAUCAAGAUUUUCAAAAGCAGCACGAACAAAUUUCUUCUCAUCAAGAAAAAUUAACAUCAACAAUUCCUCAUCUUCUAUCUCACUCGAGGACAAAUGUUGACAACUCUUUACCGAUUGAUGAUGACCAAUUAAAAGAAUGGAUUGGUGAUAUAUUAAAAGAUCGUGAAUUUCCUCAAUUCGUAUCAAGAGUGGAAAGAUUAUUGAAAGAAAAAUUUAUGGGCUAUGAAAUGUGA